AUGUCUAAAGUAGUCGAGGAGGAGCCACCACCACCACCAACACCGACAGGAGCAGGGGAUGAUACCACUGAGAUGCCCCCGGAGAUACACCGUGUACAGGAUGAGCGGACUCCUGAGGUCAGAGUUCAUGUCAAGGGGAGGCGGAGAUUGAAUGAAGCCUUACUUGAAAAGUUCAUAGGGCCACUUAGAAUGUGUGAUACCUAUGGAGAACUCCAUGAUACAUUGAAUAGGACCAUUAGAGAUUUGGAGGAACUCAAUGCUUUUGAGGACAUCCGUGCUACAGUUGACCAUACGCCCGGAUCGCCACCGGGCAGCGCUGAUGUGACUUUGGAAGUAGUUGAAAAACAGCGCAAUUACGAAGCAGGAGUAGACAUGAACCGCUUGGGAGAGCCUGGAGCUGGUAAUAAGAAAUUCUAA